AUUGUUUUAAAACUGUGUUAGUGUAUAAUAUUUUUUUCUGUUUUAGGAUUUUAACGAUUCAUAAGAAAGGCUAUACUAUGCAGUCAAUGCCAAAAUUGUUAAUUUUAUUAUUCAUUCAAAUGAUGGCAUUAAUUGCUAUACAAGUAGACCUGGUUUUGGGAAACACUUCAUCUUUAGAUACCACUGAUAAGUCAUCAAAAAAUAUUGAUAUCAAUGAUCUAAGCAAAGAAUCGCUUGACUCUGAUCUCUUGGAACUGCUUGACGAAGAAAAAAGAGCACAAAAGUGGAAUAAUUUGCAAGGUGGUUGGGGUAAGAGAGCCAAUUGGAAUAAUAAGUUAUCGGCCGCUUGGGGCAAAAGGCCGGCAAAUGGUAGCCCCGGUUGGAAUAAUCUGUCGGCGAUGUGGGGUAAAAGAGCCGCCAAAUGGAAUGAAUUGAAUGGAAUGUGGGGUAAAAGGGGUUGGAAUGACAUGUCAGGCGGUUGGGGCAAACGUUCGCCACACUGGAAUAGGUUAAGAGGAAUGUGGGGUAAGAGAAGUGACAAUGAAAUCAACGAUGAAUUCGUCGCCAAAUAAAUUAUUUUUGUCUCAAACAAAAUAUUAUUUAAUUAUAAUUAGAUUAUUAAUCUUAAAUCAAAUUUAUUGUUGAAAUAGUUUACUUACUUUCAAAUUUUAGUA